CUUCUCUCUCUCUCUCUCUCUCUCUCUCUCUCUUGUUGACCCAAGCACACACCACUUGCAGUUGCAAACUUGCAAUCUCAACUCUGAAUAAUCUCAAUGAUCAUGGCACCAUCUUCAAUAGCACUCAACAGUGCUAGUAGUAGUACAUGGGCUAAGAAGCCACAUCAACUCACACGCCCUUUCUCUUCUCCCACUCCACAAUCGAUAGUUGAGUUGGGCUUCCCCACAAAGUCCACCACCAUAAACCAGAGGAAGAAGCCCAUUAGAAAGGCUAAUAAUAGUGUAGGAGGAGUUCAGUGCGUACUACACUCCCCCUCCGUGUUUCAUUUCCCAAAAGAACCCUACACCCAACCAUUAAUUACCGAAGAUGACCCUCCCCAAAAGCCCCAAUGGAACCCGUUCCAAAGGCUAGCAGCAACGGCACUCGACAUGUUCGAGGCCGCGUUACUCUCACGCGAGCAACACCAACCACUUCCUAAAACAGCCGACCCUCGCGUCCAAAUCGCCGGCAAUUUCGCUCCAGUACCAGAACAGCCAGUUGUUCACUCCCUACCCGUAACGGGAACCAUACCGGAUUCCGUUAACGGCGUCUACCUUCGUAACGGUGCCAAUCCUCUGUUCGAGCCUACUGCCGGGCACCACCUAUUUGACGGUGACGGCAUGAUCCACGCCGUCACUAUCAAUGGUGGCACUGCAAGCUACGCAUGCCGCUUCACGGAGACCGAGAGGCUCGUCCAGGAGAGGAAGCUUGGCCGCGCCGUGUUCCCCAAGGCCAUCGGCGAGCUUCACGGCCACUCCGGUAUCGCCAGGCUCCUCCUCUUCUAUGCGCGGGGUUUGUGCGGGAUCCUCGACAACCGUCAUGGCUCCGGCGUCGCGAACGCAGGCCUCGUCUUCUUCAACGGCAGGCUUCUCGCCAUGUCGGAGGACGACCUCCCCUACGAGGUGCAAAUCACUACCUCCGGCGACCUGAAAACUAUUGGCCGUUACAGCUUCGGGAACCAGCUCAAUUCCACCAUGAUCGCGCACCCGAAGGUCGAUCCCGUUUCUCGCGAGCUCUUCGCACUCAGCUAUGAUGUGUCCAGGCCGUACCUGAAGUAUUUCCGGUUCUCGCCGGAGGGGGAGAAAUCGCCGGACGUGGAAAUCCGACUCUCUGUUCCGACGAUGACGCACGAUUUCGCGAUCACGGAGAAUUUCGUGGUGAUCCCUGACCAGCAGGUAGUGUUCAAGCUAGGGGAGAUGAUCAAGGGAGGGUCGCCGGUGAUGUACGACGGCAAAAAGAAAUCGAGGUUCGGGAUUCUCCCCAAGUACGCGUCGGACGCUUCCAGUAUCGUGUGGGUGGAGUCGGCGGACACAUUCUGCUUCCACCUGUGGAACGCGUGGGAGGAGGCUGAAACAGAAGAGGUGGUGGUGAUGGGGUCGUGCAUGACGCCGCCGGACUCGAUCUUCAACGAGAGCGAGGAAAGCCUGAAAAGCGUGCUGUCAGAGAUAAGGCUGAACCUUAAAACAGGCGAGUCAAAGCGGCGCAACGUGGUCCCUGAAGCAGAGCAAGUAAACCUGGAGGCAGGAAUGGUGAACCGAAACCGACUGGGGAGAAAGACAAGGUUCGCAUACCUAGCGGUGGCGGAGCCGUGGCCUAAGGUUUCGGGUUUCGCGAAGGUGGACCUUGUGAGCGGGGAAGUGAAGAAACACUGCUAUGGGGAGAGAAGGUUCGGCGGGGAACCAUUCUUCUUGCCUAAAGAGAAUAAUAAUAAUAAUAAUAAUAACAAGAGGUGGUGUGACGAAGACGAAGGGUACAUUAUGACGUUUGUGCAUGACGAGAGUACUAGGAAAUCAGAGCUUGAGAUCGUGAAUGCUAAAGAUCUGAAGUUGGAAGCGACGGUGAAGUUGCCGUCUCGAGUACCUUACGGUUUUCAUGGGACUUUUGUGGAAGCUAAGGAAUUGGCGAAGCAGGCGCUACAUGCCAACGGGACUACUGUACUCCACCACGUCUAAUCUAAUGUUAUUAGUGAAAAAGAAAGUUACCUUUGUAAAGAGCAUAGAAUAGUUUGUUAUAUGUUGCCAGUUAUGUUUUAUGUGAGGAGAAUGUUAUCAGAAGGAUCAGUAAGGAGUAAGGACUAGGGAGACCAACAGGUUCAGUUUCUCUUGAGCAAAGUUUUUUUAUGUUUGAGUAUAAUGAUAAUAUGGUAUAUACUUUUUAAUUUUAGGAAUCAACA